AUGGGCCACUCGGUAGAGAUCUCAGAUUCAUUUGGCAAUUAUUUUGUCAAUGACACCAAGAUCCACGAUCCUUACGCGAGCGUUCUUAACAUCGAAGAUGUCGGCAUCCACCCAGCGCAGCAUAGUCAAGUCCAACUAUUCGACAGUGAGCCAUCCAAUGGACAGAAAUGGAAGCUGGGACUACGCGAAUGGCUCAUUUUGAUAUGCAUUGGUAUAUUAACCAUGAUGGAUGCUUUUGAUUCCACGGUCUUGAUCACUAUGUUGCCUCAUUUGGCGAACACCUUCGAUAAGUCACUCGUCAGUACCUUCUGGACAAAUACAGUCUACCUCGUUCUCAACGCCGGCAGCUUUCUAUACUUCACCAUAAUGUGUGAAGUCUUCAGCCACGGAGUCCUAUGGAUAAUUGCAUGCGUGUUCACGACCAUCGGCACAGGAAUAUGCAGCGGGUCAUUGACUCUGGUCGAACUGAUAGUCGGGCGCAUGAUCCAGGGAAUAGGCGGAGGCGGCGUCCUAGCUCUCAGCUUUGUGAUAAUGGCAGAGUCGAUCCCUGAAGCGAUGCACUCGCGAUAUUCAUGCUUUAUAAUGCUCAUGCGGCUGAUUGGGUUUAUUCUCGGUCCGAUCUUGGGCAGUAUAUUAAGCAAUACUGCCAGGUGGACCUGGGCCUUCUAUAUCAAUUUCAUCUUCUGUGGGUUCGGAAUGAUGGCAAUUCCUUUCGCGGUCGAUAUGCGCAUUUCGAAGCAAAUUCCGCUCAGGAAACUGCGUGUCUUAGACUGGUCUGGCGUAACAAUGGCUUUUUUAGGGCCCGGUUGUAUGCUUCUUGGUUUGAGCUGGGGUGGGGUUUCUUACCGGUGGAAUCAAUGGGAGACGGUGAUGCCAAUCGCGGUUGGAGGCGCGGUACUACUGUCGCUGGCGUUUUACGAGGUUAUCUGGGCGUUGCAUCCGCAAUUUGAUCGCCGCUUGCUUCGGACUCGGGCGAUUACAAUGACCUAUCUGGGUUGUUUCUUACAUGGCUUCGUGGUAUUCUGCCAGUUACAGUUUUUUCCACUGUACCUCAUGACAACCAAAUAUCUCUCACAGACAUUGUCUGGCCUCUCUCUACUUGCCGUAAACGGCUUUGCAACCAUACCGUUGAUAUUAAUCAGCGUAAUCCUCGCUGGAAAGGCGCAUAAGCAGUGGAUAAAGUGGAUUAUACCUGGUGGUUGGGCAAUAACAAUACUUGCGGGAGGUUGCUCCAUUGCCCUCAGCCCUAAAACCCCAAUUGCAGGAUGGAUUAUCCUCUUCCUCACGGCUGGCCUUGGUCACGGGCUUUUGAUCGCGGGCUACAAUAUCCGGGUGCAUAGCUGUUCUUGCAUACUAGGAGAGGAUUCAGAGGAAGAUGUCCCUAUGUCAACCAAACCGAUUACUUUUGCACUUUUCAUGUGGGCGUGGGGAAUGGCAUUUGCUGUUCCUAUUGGUUCAGUCGUGUUUUUGAACAUUUUUGGCAAGGAGCUUCGACAAAUGGGGCUCGAUCGAAAUUUCAUCAAUUCCUCCAGUGGAUAUUUAGUAUUGAUGAGUCAGGUCGAAAUGAGUGAUGAUCAGAGAGAGGCGAUAAAGUUCGCUUCGUCAUUGGCUUUGCGGGUGGUGUGGGAGGUAAUUAUGGGUGUUGCUGUGCUGGGAUGUAUUUCGUCCGCUUUUAUUGAAUAG